AUGCUCGUCUUUGCGCUCAUGAUGUUGAGCCUGGCAACGCAAUACUAUCAAGUCAUGUUGACAUGGGGGGUCCUCGGGGGCAUAUGCACGGGAUUGUUGUACAUCCCCAGCGUUGCCAUGAUCCCUCUUUACUUCACUUCUCGCCGUGGCCUUGCUCUUGGCUGUGCGACUGCUGGAGGGUCGAUUGGUGGAGUCAUCUAUCCCAUCGUCGUUCGUCGUUUAUUAGAUACCGGUGGCUUUGGUUGGGCAUGCCGAACUAUGGGACUCAUUGCGCUCUUCACCCUCACCAUCGCCGCAGUUGUUAUCAAGCCAAGCAUACAAGCCGUUGAGAAGCCAUCGCGGAAGCUCUUCGACAUGUCUAUUAUCAAGGACCGGGCUUUCAGCGCCUUCGUCCUGGCCUCUCUGUGUAUGUGGCUAGGGUUCCUCGUGCCAUAUAUUCUUACACCAUCGUUUGGCCUUAUGGGACUCGACAAUCCCGUUUCCGAAGACCUUUCUUAUUAUCUGCUCGCUGUUCCGAACGCUGCUCAAGCCCUUCGGCGGAUUAUUCCCGCGGGGAUAGUCGAUCAUAAGGCCCUUGGCGCCGAGGUUAUUCUGAUCUUCAACUCUGUCGUUGCUGGAUGUCUGGCGCUAUGCUGGAUCGCUGUUCAUAAUCUCGGCGGAUUUGCUGCUUUCCUCGUUCUCUACGGGUUCUUUUCGGGGGCUGUGACUACGCUACCAGCGUUCAUCAUUCCAUAUCUCAGCCCGUCCUUGCCUGUCAUAGGCACUCGAAUGGGUAUAGUCUAUGGCGCAGCAGGCUUUGGUGCUCUUAUCGGAGCUCCAAUUGCCUUGACCCUAGAUGGUACCCACGGAGGCCAGCCCAACCGCGCUUUUCUGGGCGCACAGCUGUGGAAUGGGUUGACGAUUCUCCUCGCUUCAUGCCUCUGCAUUUAUCCCCUCCAUGAAGCGAGGAAACGAAGACUUGCUUUUGAGACAAAGGCUGGGCAGCGGGCAGUAUCGCAGGCUGAAGUUACGGACUCAGAAGGGAGAUGA